UUUUCGUGGAGUGUGCGCGUUUUGUUCUUUAGCUAGAUUUGACUCCAAGUGACCGUAACAAUGUCAGAGAUAAGAAUAUGCGGGCUAAAGCUGGGCUCUGUGGGAUUACUUGCUGUAAUUCUUUACUUGAUUGAUACAUCCAUAGCUGCUCUUGAUGGUUACAUCCCUGGCCAAGACUACCCGGAUUUCGAGGAGGUGCCGAAGGGUUUGUCAUUCUCAUGCAAUGAUAAGAUUCCUGGGUACUACGCUGAUACGGAAACGAUGUGUCAAGUCUGGCAUUGGUGUGUUCCAAGUCUAGGAGGCAACAUUAUGUACUCAUUCCUCUGCGCUCCAGGCACAGUGUUCAACCAGCAGUCCAGGGUCUGUGAUUGGUUUUUCAAGGUCGAUUGUCCCAAUGCGCCAGCUUACUAUGGUGUUAACGAGGAUCUCUACAAAGAUAAUGCCGGAAAUUAUAUUGCAGGAAAAAAGUAGAAUAAAUUUUAAUUGUUCGUAGUAUGUACCUAUUAUUAAGAACUUAAAAAUACAUACAAUUUUAAAAAAGUUUUAGUCAAACUUUUCUGCGAUCGAAUGAAUCGACUGUAUAAAAAAAUCGAAUCACAAAAUUAAUUAAUUUAGUAAUUAUACUAUUUAUUAAUUGGUAACUUAAAUGUAAUUAAUAAUAAUAAGUUAUACAUUCAUCAAAAGGAACUUACAUGAAAGUACCUGAUCAUAAAAUAUGGCAAUGUUCGUUAAAAGUGUAUAUUGAAAUAAAAUAAGGCGUUCACGUCUUAUAAGUAAAUAAGAUAUAUUUUUUUACAAUUAGAAUUCAUGUCAUAAAUGAAAAAUCGAUCUAUAAUAUAUAAUAAGAAAAUGUCAAUAUAACGAAAAUCAUCAUUUCAUUACUUGAUAAGAAUAACGUACAAAACCAAUUACCUUUCUCGUCUAGGUUUAUUUAUUUAAUCUAUCUUAAAGGGAAAUGUUUUCUCUAAAAUUAUUCUACUGUAAAACACCCUACAAAUGCAUGCAAAACAAAAAUAUUGACAGACGAAUGACAGUUAGGCAAGGACAUUAAAUAAAUCAACUGAACGGACAAAGCGACAGAUUGCAAUGUACAAUGACAAUUAAAGAGGUACAAUAAUUAUGAACAAUAUAACAAUCACUGAAAUUAGUGAAAUAUAUAUAUGAGUAAGUUUUUAUCGAUUGUGACAAUAAACGAAGCGUUUCCUCUGCUGUCACAUACUGGUGUGUGAUAAGUCUAUCAUCUAGUAGAUAUUUUGCAUCUUCGUCUUUAGUUACAAAUAUAUAAAAGAAAAUAAGCAUUAUAUUUUGUCUUUUAAGAGGUAAUUUUUAGAAGGUAAUUUCUUUGUAUAUUUAACAUGUAUAACUAUUAUUAAUUCCAGUCGAGUAAUGAGUAUACUACACUAUUCAACAGCAAGAGGAGUGCAAUAAACAAAACAUAGAUUUAUACUCUCCAUGCGAUUUGCUAUAUGAUAUUAUGCACUACAAACAGUUGGUGAUUAAUAUAAAUUUAUUUAGAAUAUAACACUAUUCCACUUAACUGAUUUUAUCCUCUUUAAUUUGUCUUCCAAAGUUCCGAUAACAACUUCGUCGUCAUUCAAACCGCGACUUAUAAUAUUUUAUAUUUCGACCAAUGAUAUCGCGUCAAUACAAGGUCCAAGUUGCUUGUUUGUAAAUGACACCUGUCAUCGGAACCUUUAAGGGAUAUAAAGUCUGUUAUCUGCUGCGUUCUUUGAUAAAUAACGUAAGUCACUACACUCCUCGACUCGUAACGUAAUCAACGCCGGAAUUGUUAGUAAUGAUAAAAUUAAAUUGUUAAAUUAACGUUUCGUUCUGAAAUCGAUGCAUAAAAAAUCACUGUAUUAUUAUCGCAUUCUUAUUUAUUGUUUUGUAAAAUAUUCAUCUGUUCAUGGUCUUAUACUAUAAUGUCAGAUUUUUUUUUAACUGGUAACAUCUCUGAAUUUCUUCUUGUUAAUUGGCAUUUAUUUGCCAAAUUAUUGGUCAUCUUAAUAUAAUAUUUUUCCGUA